AUGGCGGUGAAGGAGGUAGUCUCCCUUAGUAAGAUGUCGGAAUGCAUCAACAGAUGUCGCCAGUCUCGGUAUCUCAUUCUUGUCGUCGUUUUCAUCGCACUUUUCCUAGACAGCAUGCUUCUCUCUGUUGUCGUGCCAAUUAUACCAAAUUUCUUGAGGAAACUGAAGAGUCCGUAUGAAUAUGUGAAUAAAACAGUGAACAAAACUGCCCUAAUUACCACGUGUGUUCCUAUGAAUGUAACAUUACAUUCAAAUAUCCAAAGACUUGAGAGUACCUACAACAAGAGAUUAAGCUAUGCAGAGAGUCAGAACAGAAUGGACUGCGUUAACCAGACAAUGAUCGAAAGAAUUCAAGAUGUGGAUGAAAUUCAAAUCAAGACUCGACGACAUGCAGAAUUAACCAACGAGAAUGUAGAAGUUGGACUGAUGUUUUCAUCAAAGGCAUUAAUACAGCUUAUUGCCAAUCCGUUUAUUGGGCAUCUGACUAAUAGGGUUGGAUACACGAUUCCAAUGUUAACAGGGUUCGUGGUUAUGUUCGUAUCUACAAUCGUAUUUGCCUUUGGGGAGAAUUACUGGGUCCUUGUUUUUGCUAGAGCAGUCCAAGGAAUUAGUUCCUCCUGCUCAAGUGUCGCAGGAAUGGGAAUGUUGGCAAUGACUUACCCAGAUGACAAAGAAAGAGGGAAUGUUAUGUGUCUGGCUUUAGGGGGUCUGGCCAUGGGGGCCAUUGUUGGGCCAUUAUUUGGGGGUACCAUAUAUGAAUUUGCUGGAAAAGAAGCACCUUUUCUCAUUCUAUCAUCCCUUGCCCUAGUAGGCGGCUUACUUAGGAUGUUUAUGCUGCAGCCAUCUGUAAAGCCCGAGUCUAAAUCAGGGGCUUCCUUAUCAGAGCUUCUGAGGGAUCCAUAUAUACUUAUAACAGCGGGAUCCAUUACGUUUGCUUACUUGGGUAUUGCGAUGAUGCAGCCCUCCCUGCCGAUAUGGAUGUUUGAGACUAUGGGAUCUCCGGAAUGGCAGCAAGGGGCCAUCUUUUUACCAGUCAGUAUAUCAUUCCUAAUAGGUUUAACUACUUUUGGUAAACUGGCCCACAAAAUGGGGAGGUGGCUCAGUUCAUUAAUCGGACUGAUUAUUAUAGGAGUUUGCUUAAUAGCUAUUCCAUUUUCAAAAAAUAUAUAUCAUUUGAUAGCACCAAAUUUUGGACUUGGUUUUGCAUUAGGUAUGGUGGAUUCCUCUAUGAUGCCACACAUGGGAUACCUUGUUGAUCUUCGUCAUGUCUCUGUGUAUGGUAGUGUGUAUGCUAUUGCAGACUUCACCUUUUGUCUAGGAUUUGCCUUUGGUCCUGCAAUUAGUGGAACCUUGGUCAAAGAAAUAGGAUUUAACUGGAUGCUAUGGAUAAUAGCAAUAAUUAACUUGAUCUACGCUCCACUUCUAUACUGGAUACGGAACCCCCCAGGACGAGAAGAGAAGAUGUCGCUGAUUAUGAAUGACCAAUGCCCUGUCCAGUAUGUCACAUACAAUCAGACCGGGAAAAGUUUACCCACUUCCGAUGUCGAAGACCCGUACGGGAACGACUAGUAGAACGCCAGCGUACCACGUGAUCUGUACUAUGACCCAAAACAAUGAUAUACGCCAAACUCUGAUGUGUCUGGGCGAUUUGGAAAUAUUGGUUUAAGACUUCGCUGAAAGAAAACAAUGUCUUUUAAUGCUUCCAAACUCAUGAAUAUGCAUUAGAAUGUUUAAAUGAUCCGAUUGUGACCAUAUUAUAAUGUUAUAUAUAUGUAAGUAUAUACAAAUACAUAUGAAAUUUAAUAAGGCAUUUUUAUUUUUUUAUUUUCAUAUAGAUCUUA